AGCGCGAGGUUGAGUGCGAACAGAUACAAUUCUUAUUGAGAGAUACAAGUUUUAUAUUUUACGGAUCUGUGCGUGGCAUCCAAAACUAUUGCCUCAAAAUGGGCAAUAUGCAGCAGCGACCCGUGGAACCCCCAAAUCGAAGAAAUAGCAUUCUUUGGAACUUCCGGUAUCCGAGCACAGUGCGACGGCGAGAAGACUUGGCCGUGAUGGUACACAACUCGCGAAUGAGCAUUGUCGAUUGGCUAGAUCUCCUGGAUCUGCAGCAGUAUGAAGCCAAUCUGCAGGAGUUCAGCAUCGUGGACGAUGUGGUGGAAAUCACGGAUAAGGAGCUCAAAAAAUGUGGAGUACGCGGCUCUCAUAGGCAAAAAAUGGCAAACAGUCUGCUAGGGGUGCGGGCCAAACGGCGUCAAUCAAUGAAUCUGGAAGUAGCGAGCAGUGUGCCACGCGCUGUCCCCACCCGCAAGAACUCCUGUCCGAUGGUUUAUUUGGGGGGAAACAGCCCCCUCGACAUGGCGGGAAGCGGCGACAGUGGACCUGGAGUGAUCAGAACCAAAAGUGGAAAGGUUUUAAAGCAGCUCACCUUUGACGAUUCAGCCACAAUCUACGAGGAACUGAGACCGCGCUGCAAGGACAAUAGUCCCCUUUGGAGGAUCGGCGACGGUGAGAUGGAUAAUCACAACGGCAGCAACGCGUCCACGCCACUGGCCACCGGACAUCCAAAUCCAAGUGAGCAACAGGAGGCCAUUGCCUUGAAGAAGGCACUCGAAUGGGAGCUAAGUCUGGAUGCCCGUGAGCUGCGUUCCCAUGCCUGGUACCAUGGAGCCCUGCCUCGCCAGCGCGCCGAGGAGAUUGUUCAGCGGGAAGGAGACUUUCUGGUCCGAGAUUGCGCCUCUCAGCCGGAUAAUUAUGUGCUCAGCUGCCGGAGCAAGUCGGCUGUCCUGCACUUUGUUCUUAAUAAGUUGGUACUUCAACCGGAAACUGUGUAUGAGCGCGUUCAGUUCCAAUUCGAGGAGGAUGCCUUCGACACAGUGCCGGACCUCAUCACCUUUUAUGUGGGUUCCGGCAAGCCCAUCUCCGCAGCUUCGGGUGCUCUCAUCCAAUUCCCAUGCAAUCGCACUUAUCCACUCUCCUUUUAUGGCCACAAGAUCGUGGGUAAUCAGCUGCACACCCAGAUGCUGGCCGGCCUUCGCGGUCUGAGUCCUCUGAACUCUCCAAUGGGAAAUAGUGGCACCCCGGGGAUAGGAUCAGGCGGUGCCGCUGUCUUCCGCUUCGAUCCCACACAGCAACAGCCACCGGGUUCUCCGGCAAGCCCACACUGCUCGCCACCGAGGGCCAGACGUGAAGUUCCGUCACCGCCGAGGCUGCCCUGCAAGAAGCAGCAGCGAUCCCAGAGCCUGACUCCCGCCCAGGCAAUGGUGGUAAGUAACAUCAACAAGCUGCAGGAGCAACAGCAGUUGCAGGAAAAUGGAAAUGGCAACGGUAUGGCACGGUUCCAGACCAUAGCCAGAUGCAACCCCACCAGUGAGCAGCAGCAGCAUUUGGAGAGCAAGUUCACCACGCACUCCCUGCCACGACCCAGUUCGUUGGCAUCCCAGACCCUGCGACAACAGGCAGCAGCACGGAUCUCGAGCCUUGGAAGGAACUGUAGCAUGGACUCGCCGUCGGCAGACUCCAGGCCGCCCAGUCCACCGCCCAAGCCACGUAAGGAACCAAUGGCCGCUGUGCUAGCCUACCAGGCCAGCGGAUCAGACUCGGGCAACGGUUCCGGGGACUCGGCUCUGGGGGAUCCCAGCGAAGUGAUGACUAUUCAGCGAGGAGUGAUCAUUAAGAAUCCUCGGUUCAUGAGCACCUCCAUCUCCAAUGGGACGUUGAAGAGCUUUACAGAAUUCGAUGCGUUUGCCGCCGAGGAGCAGCUCUUUACCAUGGCUAUUGAAGAGACAAGAACGUCAAGCAAAUUCGACUUUGAGAACUUCAGCACUCUGCUGUUGCCCUCUGUGGAGAACAAACCCCUGGACGGCGAUGCUUUAAACACUUUUAAGAUGAUGCUCCUGGAGACUGGACCAAAGCUAUUGGCCGAACAUAUAACCCGCAUCGAUAUUGGAUUGUUCCUGGAGGAGCCAACCAACGAGGACGACUACUAUCUAAGCUGCUCUGGUAUCGAGCUGCUGACGCUACCCCAUGGCAAACUAUUUCGAGAAGAUAUCAUCGAGAGGACACAGUGCAUCAAGCUUAUGGUGGCUGUAACUAUACUAACCUGCCAAACGGACCUGGACCGGGCCCAGCUCCUAAGCAAGUGGAUACAGAUUGCGGUAGAGACAAAGACAGCCCUUGGAAAUCUGUUUGGUUUUAGUGCCAUCAUGCUGGGACUGUGCAUGCAGCAGAUUCAAAAGCUGGAUCAGGCCUGGCACAUCCUAAGGCAGAAGUUUACAGACAGCGCUUUCACCUUUGAGGCCAAGCUGCGUCCAACGUUGAUCAGCAUGAACGAGGCUUCCAAUCCACAGGCUCCCAACACGACUGUGCCCCACGUUCUGCUCUACGCCCUGCUAAUCGAUCGCCCGGUUAUGGACAUCAUAAACCACUCGAACAUAGAUGAUCGCCCGGCUUUAUAUCACACCUGCAUAGCUCCCUGGGAGUCGAAGGCGGAUGACUUUGGCAUGACCAUAAAUUUUCUACAUUUGGAUGCCUCUCGGGGAUUCCUAAAGAACUUGGAUCUGUUCCGGAAAAAUGCCAAAGUUAUUCUUGAGGAAGCCAGCACCAGACUGGAUGAGCUCCUGGCUGACGCUUUCCGCACCGAGUUCCAUGUGAAAUUCCUUUGGGGCAGUUCUGGUGCCACUGCCAAGGCCGAGGAUCGUCACAGCAAAUUGGAGAAAGUGCUAACCCUGAUGGCCGACAAGUUCAGCCUGAUGAGCGAUAAGUGAAGUGGCUCUAGUUGUAUUAAUUUAUUUAUUCUGAUUCAUAGCUCAUAACACGAGAAUGGAGUAUGCCACGAGUCGGAACGUAUUAUAUUUUCGUGCUUAAAGAUAAUCCAAAAUGUUCCAUACAGUUCACGUAUUUUACGAAGACUGCUCAACUCAAGUACUUAACUAUAACCACAUAAUUCCCCUAAACACUUUUCCAACGAUAUAUCUAUGCCCAACUAUCUCCGAUUAUCUCUGGACCCUCCGCAACCAUAAAUUUAGUGCUGUCUCUCUACCUCAGCCUGAAGCACAUUAUGUUACAGUUCAAAUAUUGAUUAAUCCCUGCCCGAAGCCUACUUUGAAUAAGUUUACCUGUGCACAAAUAAUUACACAUGUCCGUAUGCUAUUACAUAUUUUUUACUAGAAUGAAGUAAACUCUUUAUGUCAUAAUUAAAUUUACUUUGUGUCAUUUAUUAUUAUAAUAUUAACAUAUGUAGCCCUACGACGGAUCUGUUAAUGCCCUUUAUAAAGUCUUUUUGUUUGCUAUUUUAACGUCUAGUUUAAAUUCCGACUAACUGACGGAUAAGGGAUAAUUUUCAAAUAUGCCAUAGCCUAUGAGGGCAGUUCUUUUAUUUUUCUCUCAAGAAGUAUAGUUUUUAAUUUAAUCUACACUAAAUACAGAUUCAGAAAAUAAAGAGUUUAAUUCAUUUUGUAAAACUUAUGUAUAAACUAACUAGCAUAUGAGAGGUGAGUCAGAGAGCAUACUUACUGUUUGUUAUUUAUGGGAAACUCUCCAAGAGCCAUCUCACACUCUGACACUGUCAAGGUCUAGUACUUAAUAUCUAUUCCACUAAUUAACUUACUUAACUAUAGAUCGGACAAUAUACAUUAAUCAAAAAAGUAAAAAUAUGCCCAGAUGGGUAAUUAUAAAGGAAUACCCCUAAGAAUGCAUAAUUUUUGCAAUUUUGUAAGUGAUACUGAAGUAAAA